AUGUUCAACAAAAUCAUGAAACUGGGUCAGAAGAAAUUCAACAAAUCCGAUCAACACCACCAAGACAUAAACUCCGGCAACAACAACGUCGUCCGCGCAAGCCGCACCACACCCGCCUCCGCCUCCUCUGCAUCAAACGGCGAAUCCCAGACGGCGGCUCCGUCUCCUUCCCAGACUCCGAUUCACCCAAUGUUCACAUCAGCACCCACCCUCGAAGUCCUCCCGCUCCUCAAAGACGUCUCCUCCUCAGAUCGUCCCCUCCUUUUCAUGAAGAAAGCCCACAUGUGCUCCUGCCAAUGCGAUUUCUCCGACACCCUGAUAAUGCCGCGCGAGAAAGAGAUCAAGCGGCAGACCCUCCUCGAGCUCGUCGAUUUCCUCCACUCCUCCUCCGGCAAAGUCAACGAGACCAUGCAGAGCGAGCUCAUCAGAAUGGUCUCCGCCAACAUCUUCCGGUGUCUCCCCCCGGCGCACCACGAGAACACCGGAGCUCCACCCGAAGGAAACGACCCGGAAGAGGAAGAGCCUUACCUCGAGCCCUGGUGGCCUCAUCUCCAGCUCGUCUACGAGCUCCUCCUCCGCUACGUCGUCUCCUCAGAAAUCGAGCCCAAAACCGCAAAAAAAUUCAUCAACCACACGUUCGUCUCGCGACUCCUCGACCUCUUCGACUCCGAGGAUCCGAGGGAGAGAGAGUACUUGAAGACAGUCCUCCACAGGAUCUACGGGAAGUUCAUCUUCCACAGACCGUUCAUCAGAGGCUCCAUCUACAACAUCUUCUACAAGUUCCUGUACGAGACGGAGCGGUGUAUCGGCAUCGGAGAGCUGCUGGAGAUUCUCGGAAGCGUGAUUAAUGGGUUCACGGUGCCGAUGAGAGAAGAGCAUAGGCUUUAUCUUGUGAAAGCGAUCUUGCCGCUGCACAAGUCGAAAGGGAUCUCGAUUUACCACCAGCAGUUGUCGUAUUGCGUGACGCAGUUUGUGGAGAAAGAUUACAAACUGGCUGAUACUGUGAUCCGUGGGCUGUUGAAGUACUGGCCGUUGACGAAUUGUCAGAAGGAGGUUCUCUUCUUGGGAGAGCUUGAAGAGGUUCUUGAUGCUACUGAGUCGUUGGAGUUUCAGCAGUGUGUUGUUCCUCUGUUUACGCAGAUUGGGAAAUGUCUUAAUAGCGCACACUUUCAGGUGGCGGAGAGAGCUCUGUUCUUGUGGAACAAUGAACAUAUCGUGGGGUUGAUUGCGCAGAACAAGGAUGUGAUAUUUCCGAUUAUAUUUGAAGCGUUGGAGAAGAACAUGAAAGGGCAUUGGAACCAAGCGGUGCAUGGUUUGUCGGAGAAUGUGAGGAGGAUGUUUAUGGAGAUGGACACUGAGCUGUUUGAGGAGUGUGAGAAGCAACAUCCGGAGAACGAAGCCAAGGCGUGUGAGUUGUUGGAACAGAGAGAAUUGAUAUGGAAGAGGCUUGAAGAAGCUGCUGCAAACUAA